CUCCGGAAAUUGUAGGAACUCAAAAUGGCAUUUUCAAUGCUAGAUUUUGUGGGUUCGCAGAUUUCUCUCCGCUGUGCUCAUAAUAGAGGAAUGGCGAAAUUUCAUUUUGUCAAUGAUGGGGCAAAUCAAAGCUCCAAACUUGAACUUCCAAAGAAUGGGCCAGCGUCUGGAAGGCUUUUAUUUUGCAAGCGCGAGUGUAUUGACUUUGAAGAGAGAACAAGCGCGAAUGAGGUAAGGAAAGAGAUAGAAAGAUGCUACGAACUCAUACAAAAGCUUGGGAGGGGAGUGGUUUAUCUGGGUUCUUCAAGAAUGGGGCCAGAUCAUCCACAUUAUGUGCAAGCAAUGGAGUUGGGGAGAGAGAUUGCAUCCCUUUUGGACUGCACCUCAUGGACAGGAGCUGGUCCUGGUCUCAUGGAUGCUGUUACUAAAGGUGCUCUUGAAGCAGGAAAGCUGGUUGGUGGAUUUAAAAUCAGCAGAGAAGCUGGUGAAUGGACAGCCACAAACUUCCAUCCAUACCUACCUUCUGAAACUUAUCUUACUUGCAGGUUUUUCUCUGCAAGGAAACAUGGGCUUGUGGAUGCUGCAGUGAGAAAUACUGCUGCAGAUCGUACAGCUGUAGUUGCUCUACCUGGUGGUAUUGGUACCCUAGAUGAGAUGUUUGAGGUUCUAACCCUGAUUCAGCUAGAAAGGAUAGGAUCUAAGCUCCCUGUUCCUUUCUUAUUAAUGAAUUAUGAUUCAUUUUAUUCAAAGCUGCUUGGAUUUCUUGAUGAUUGUGAGGAUUGGGGAACUGUCUCCAAAGGAGAGGUUGCAUCAUUGUGGAAGGUCUGCAAUGACAAUUCUGAAGCUUUGGAGUACUUAGAAAAGUUUUAUAACUAGAUGCAAAUCAAAGGGAAGCAAAAGUUCUGAUUCAAAGUGGCUAUGGAACUAUAUCUCAAAGAGGAGUUCAUAAAACCACCAGGUUCCUGAAGCAGUAAAAGGAGCUGAAUAUGUGCUCACAGGCUACAAAAGAUGAUGGGUUGACAGUUCAUGUAAGUCAAGAGAGGAAGUUCUUGAAGUAGAGCAGAAAUAUAUGCUCUACAGAUGAAGCUUUCUGCUCGAUCCCUCUAAAACCUUAGUCUGGAACCAAAACUUCUGGAGGUUGAAAAGGAGAAUGACUCCCCUUUGGCCAAGCUAUACACUGCAGGCAACUGUUUAUGUUAAUGGUCUUUUAGCGCUUAUUUGCACGAUUGACAUUGCUUC